GUGGGUCGCCGCAUUAAAAUCUAUCGGCGAUAUCUGGAUAUUGGCCUGUGCAUUUGUGUGUAGCAUUUGAAGAUGUUUGUAGGCUAUUUGUCGAGUUGUCCACGUCCCAUGAUAUGGAGGUUACAGUACCGUUACUGCUGGUACCGUACGAUUCUUGGAUUUAGUUAACAAUGCGUUACAAUGCCAGUGAACUAAAGCAAAUGGCAAUAACAUCGGCAAAGUUAUGCGCUAAAGAAGGGGUGCUAAGCUUGAGAGAAAAGGAAGGGAAAUUAUGGAACAAAACUGAUGUUCUGACAGAACGUUGGUGCAGACUGGUGGAUAAUUUAUUCUUCUAUUUCAAGACAAAAGAUAUGGGCUCGGAUCCUCAUGGUGUAUUUGUAUUAGAAGGAUCACAUGUCAGGCCAGUGUCAGAUUCAACACAAGAAUGUGCCUUUAUUUUGGAAUUUGAUGGAGAUAAUAGAAGUACUUACUUUCUUGCAAGUGAACCAGCGGAAGCGAAACAAUGGAUAAAGGCAUUAGAAGAUGCCAAUUAUACAAAACUGAAGGAAAAAUAUGAAAUGUUAAUGAAACAACAAAAUAUGUUGGGAGAGAGUUCUCAACAAAAUCUUCAGCCGCCAUCAUCAAUGCCACAAACAAUCAUAAAAGAAACAAGAUCAGCAAAUAGUUCACCAAUGCUGUCACGACGGAAAUUAAUUCCUAAGGAUUACAACAUGACGCUUUCCGAUGUUGAAGUGGUUACAGAAACUAAGAAAACGAAAAUGAAAGUGAAGAAUCGUCGUAAAAACGUCGUUUUAUCUCCUGUGAGCUUACAUGAUUCAGUUUUACCAGUUCUUGAGCUUGGACUCAGUUGUGUUGAUCUGAACAUCGCUAAAACUAUCGAUCAUAAACGUUCUAUUCAGAUAAGAGUUUUUUCAUUGCUACCUCCUGCCACUGAUUUAACACAAGUAUUCAAGACAGAUCAAGUCAAAGCUGCUUCUGAUGUUCAUUUUGUUGCUACACUAAGUUUCUAUCAAUCACAUCUUAUCACUCCACACACUGUAUUGAGAUUUGUACUAGUUCAAAAAAAGGAAAAUGGAACGAUCGACACACUUGGGUUUACAAAUUGUAACGUCAGUGAUUUUUUCUACUUGACGAAACCUCUCACACUCAGUCUAGAGUAUCAGGAUAACACUUGUAUCGGUGUACUGAACCUCACUGUUCAUAGAGAGUAUGUUUCCGCUCAACUCACAAGAUCAUCGAGUGAAACUCAACUUUCAACAGUUCUUCUUUCACAUGGUAGCCCAAGUUCAGAUGCCAACGGAUUGAAAGUUGAUGCCAGCUAUGGAGAUAUUGGACAAGUUCCUAACCUUAAAUCUUUAUACUGUGAAGCAAUAUCAAGAACUUACAAAUUCCCAACAACAAAUAAAGGUUUUUUAAGCGUUCAAGAAAUCAUGUUAGAGACAAGAUUGUCAUUCCAUGUUCCUCUUGAAUAUUUAAAACUUCUCAUAGAUCAAGAGACGAGGUUUAUUGGAACUUUAAAUUCUAUUAAAUAUUUGGUCGAAUAUUUACAACAAACAAAAAUAAAACAAGCACAAAAUAAAGAAAAAUUAAUUCAACAAUAUCAAGAAGGUGUCAAGAAUAUUGUGGACAGGAGGAGAGGUCCUUCAUUCAAGGCAAGUAUGCAAAAGACAGAAAAAGAAUAUGAAUUCAUUCCGACUAAUUUACAUCUUCAAAGAAUGAGAGUUCAACAUUCUGAUUGUAUUUCUGCUUCAACACCCGAAAACACAGAAAAUGCUUCGAGUUCACCACCUGUUCGUGUUUAUGACUUCAUAACAGUUGGUGCAGCAACAGCACAUUGUUUUAAAUAUAAGCAAGGUGGAUUGUUGUCACUCAUGUCAUCUUCCUCAGAAAAAGUAAAGAAGGGUAGAGAACUCGCUCUCACGUCUCUUUGUAACCAAGAAAAUUUGAAAAAUGACAUUGCGGAAUUACCAGUGACGAUAUCUGACUUACAGAAGGAAGUUAAAUCUCAUAUCAGUACAAUUGAAACAUUGAUAUUGGCUGGUAAAGAAUGCAACACUGUUCCGACACGAACAUCUGCUGAGAUGGCUGUUACAAUGUUAAGCGAUAAGACCUGCUUACUUGUAUCAUUGUUGGACAACGAAGACUUAUGUAAAGCACUUUCUAAAAUUUCUAAUGAUUUAAAUGGAUCGUCAUCAGCUGGAAAUAGUUUAUUAAACGCUUCAACAAAGUUAGUUUCUGGAUCAAGUCUUGAAUGGGAAGAAUUAAAGUCUUCAGUGAAAACAAAAUUGUCCGAAAUUAUAGCGAAGGUUCACACUAUGUUGGAUAAUGCAAAUCUAGUGGAAAUUGAUGAUUUGGUAUCAAAUACUGUUCCUGAUUAUGACAGUAUUGUCUUGAACCUAAAUGAACUUGAAACAAGAUUAUCAACAGCUUGUAACCUUGCUAUGCAAGGUCAUGCAAUACAUUCUUUAAUACAUAUUCAAGGAUCAACGGACCUUAUAUAUAGAAGAGAUGUUGUCUUCAGCCAAGUGUUGUCAAGUUGUGUCUGCGGAGUCUCCACUACACUGUUUUCGUUUAUUCACGACACCGAAUACCUGAACAAUAUUGCUAAUCAUGGAAUGUUGAUACAUUUUGAAUCUCUUCUAAGCACUUAUAAAAAUGAAUUGGGGAUGUUAGAGGAUCACGUUGUUGGUAUUUAUGAUUUACAUAAAGUAUCGUUUUGUUGUGAGAAAUCGAAGGAACAAGAUGGCGAUGACAUGGAUCAUUUGCUUCCUACUAUACAUGGAACCAGGAAUAGAAUCACUGUUAGGUUACAUUUAGAUCCACAAACAUUUGUUAAACUACCAGAUUCACUAAGAAGUGGUGCACCUUUCAAGGUGGUUCCAGUUCUUUUCAAUAUUGGAAUCAAUGAAGAACAAACGCUUGCGGAAAAAAUUGGUAGCACAUCAUUACAAGAUUGUAUUAACGUAGAAUCACUUUCUCGACUGUCAUCAUACAGUGAAAAAAUUAUUCAGAAUUCAAUGACAAGUCAAGCAGGUGAAAUUGAAGCUAAAUUGAAUAAAUUGAAAGAAGCAAUCAAUUUUUCAAAGAAAAAUAAAAACGUUGAAAUUUUACAUCUUUCCUCAGAGAUAUCCAGAAUGUUAAAAGGUGUUCGUGUAACAAGCUGCAAAAGUGCGAAAGACAGGACUGCGAUGUCAGUAACGUUAGAACAAGUUCAAAUUCUAAUUAACAAUCAUCAACUUUCACCUAACGAGUUCUCGAGAGCUCUCAACUGUAUGAGGAGUGAGGGUACAAGACGCGAAAACACACGAAAAAAUGUUGGAGUACGAAAAUAUGCAUUUACUUCAGUACAACUGAUGACUUUUCCUAAAUUAUAUAGACCUCCUGAUGGAACAUAUGGAAAAUCAGAAUCUUGAAACUAUUGUAUUUAAAUUUUCAUUUAUUUUCUGUAUAUGUUAUAGAUAGUCAUAUUUAUCAAUCUUUGUCUCCUUUUUUUUCAACUCAUAUGAAUUUUUACUAUAUUACUGGUUAUUCUCGAUAAUUAAUAUUUCAUGUUAAAUGCAGUAUUCAGACGUUGUGGGUUAUUUCAUUUUCUGAAAAAAGUAUGAAAUAAAUGGUUGGGGGCCUUGGCUAGAGGGUUAAAUUACAUCCCCCUCUUUCUUAGCCCCAGCGUUUGAGCUACUAACUACCUUACAUGACAAUAUAUGCAUUUUUCAAUUGUGGUUAUAACGAUAUGAUACUGCCUGCUAUAGAAAAUUAGUCUGUGUAGUUAUACAUAUUAUUUUUUCGAAUUUCUGUAAGUACAUUUUAAUGUCUAUUCAUGUUGUUGUGCAAUUGUUUCGUCGUUGUUUUUUGUGUUACUUUUGUUAAGUAUAAUUCGUUAAACGUAUAUUGGUAUUUGAUAGAAUUACAUAGCACCCCUAGUAGUUUAAUCUCUACCUUUGUCAUGUCUUACUUAAAUAAAAAAUGGUCUGUCUGAAAAAAUUGUCAUCAGUUCUUAAAUCAAUUGAACUUGUAUAUUUGGAAGUAGUAUCACAUAAACAGCUGGUUAUCAUUAUUCUAGCUUCCCAUCCAUCCACUGCUUAUUACCGGCAUGGAUUCAAAGGUUUAAAUCUCAUUGCUGUUAUUUUGUUGUCACACAGUGGCUCUUGUAACUGCUGGUCGGUUACAGAUUCCACGGAUGUAUGGAUUGGUAGACAAAAUAGAGGCCGUUGUUUGCGUUAUGUUUAAAAACUUUUGAUUCUCUGCUCUCCCUGUGAUGAAUAUGUUAAAAACACCUUCCCUAAGAAUUAUUGCUCCAGCUUUAUUCCUAUUCUUUCAUACAUUAUCUACCGGUAACUUUCAAUUCCACUCCAAUUUUAUUAUCUGAUAUAUCACUCUUUACACAUUAUAUACUCGUUUUUUGUCUUCUGCUUUAUUACGAAUGGCAAUAUUUAUAAGCAUUUUAGUCUCACUUGUUCAACUCUGUUGAAAUAUAUUACAAAGUGGUAAAGAAAGUAUAAGUCGGAAAUUAAAUCCUUGGCAUUAUAACUAAUUAAACUGGCAAUAUAAUUCGAACUCAGUUCCAUGAGGUGACAAUGGCACAACGUACCGUGGUUUACCAUUUGAUUAAAUGGUGCAAUAUAUUCUUUCCCUCUCCCAAUAUUAAUAUGAAAUCGUAUUCUAAUCAUAGUAAUUUGUUUCUCCUUGUAAUGUUAGCCAAAUUGAACAGUGCAUGCCCGAUUUGAGAUAAAUCUGACCGAAACCCUUGUCAUAUCAUAGUCUUAAACAUUGAAUUUGUUAUAUUUAUGAACGAAGAUCCCUGAAAUGCCGGAAUAUUCUUUACAACCACAGUCAAUUUGUGAAGUGUUUUGGUCGAGUUUCUGUGUUGUGCCAUCAGUUACGGGUAUUGUUUAGUAUUUCUUUUUUGAAAAGUGUGGACAACAAUCGCUUGUUGU